CCAUCUCUCACAACAACACAAAAAGAAAAUGGUUAAGCUCGGCAAUCUCCUCGUUGCAACGUUCGGGGUUCUCCUCGUCCUUAAUGGCUGCCUUGCGAGGCAGUCGCUUGGGGUUCCUCCUCAGCUACAGAACGAGUGUAACCUCGACAACCUAGACGUUCUCCAAGCCACUGAAACUAUCAAGAGUGAAGCCGGUCAGAUCGAGUACUGGGACCACAACCACCCUCAGCUCCGAUGUGCUGGUGUUUCUGUCGCUCGUUAUGUAAUCGAACAAGGCGGUCUUUACUUGCCCACCUUCUUCACUUCCCCAAAAAUUUCCUAUGUCGUUCAAGGAAGGGGUAUUAGCGGAAGAGUGGUCCCUGGAUGUGCGGAGACCUUCAUGGACUCGCAACCAUGGGAAGGACAGGAACAACAAGGACGACAACCAUGGGAAGGACGACAGGGACAACAAGGACAACAAGGCCAACCAUGGGAAGGACAACAGGGACAACAAGGACAACAAGGCCAACCAUGGGAAGGACAGGGACAACAAGGACAACAGGGACAGCAGGGACAACAAGGGUUCCGUGACAUGCACCAGAAGGUGGAACAUGUCAGACGCGGAGACGUCUUUGCCAACACUCCUGGAUCUGCCCACUGGAUCUACAACUCCGGAGAACAGCCUCUUGUCAUCAUCGCUCUUCUCGACAUCGCCAACUACCAAAACCAACUCGACCGCAACCCUAGAGUGUUCCGUUUAGCCGGAAACAACCAACAGGGCGGCUUUGGCGGUUCACAGCAACAACAAGAACAGAAAAACAUGUGGAGCGGCUUCGACGCACAGAUCAUAGCUCAAGCAUUGAAAAUCAACGUUAAAUUGGCUCAGGAGCUUCAAAACCAACAAGACAGCCGAGGAAACAUCGUUCGUGUUAAGGGACCUUUCCAGGUCGUGAGGCCACCUCUAAGACAGCCCUACGAGAGCGAGGAGUGGAGACACCCACGUAGCCCACAGGGUAACGGCCUUGAGGAGACUAUCUGCAGCAUGAGGUCCCACGAGAACAUUGACGACCCUGCUCGUGCUGACGUGUACAAGCCCAACGUAGGUCGUGUGACUAGCGUCAACAGCUAUACCUUGCCCAUCUUGGAGUAUGUCAGGCUCAGCGCCACUCGUGGCGUUCUCCAGGGUAACGCGAUGGUUCUUCCGAAAUACAACAUGAACGCUAACGAGAUCUUGUACUGCACUGGAGGACAAGGAAGGAUCCAAGUGGUCAACGACAACGGACAGAACGUGUUGGACCAGCAGGUGCAGAAGGGACAGCUCGUGGUCAUCCCACAAGGGUUCGCAUACGUUGUCCAGUCCCACGGAAACAAGUUCGAGUGGAUCUCUUUCAAGACUAAUGAAAACGCGAUGAUCAGCACUUUGGCGGGUCGAACCUCACUCUUGAGGGCAUUGCCAUUGGAGGUCAUAUCAAAUGGUUUCCAGAUCUCUCCCGAGGAAGCUAGGAAGAUCAAGUUCAACACACUUGAGACCACUUUGACUCGCGCCUCCGGUAGGCAACAACAGUUGAUCGAGGAGAUCGUCGAGGCUUAAACAAAACGUUUUUUUCUUUUUCUUAAUAAAGUAUGGUCAGUUUG